AUGGCCCUCGCUGCGGUGCAGACUGCAAUGAAUCUGGAGGACAAGCCAAACGUACAUCCAUUCUUUUCGAAACCUCACAAACACGCUGCGCCCGAACAGCAGCCGCCUGCAAUCGAAGUCCCGGUGGAUACUACCCAAGAUGACCCCGACUACGAACAACAUGAGAAGGUGGGGAAGGGACAGAAGAAGCGCGGAAGGAAGCCUGGCAGCACGAACAAGAAGAAAGAGAGCCCUGCAGGAAACAACCAGUCGUUGAUGGAGAGAUUCACCCAGCCAGCUCGCGCUCAGGCUGCAGCGGAAGACGCGCACAUCGGCGCAGCGCAGAUAGCAGAAGAGCCAGCUCUAGACGAAGAUCCGAACCAAGACCGACGGAAGCGAAGGAAGACAAACUCUCCAGCAGCCCAGGGUGGUACUGCUGUGGCUGGGAUCCCGGCGAAUGGGUCGCUGGAUUGGCACCAACAGUUGGAGCGAGAAGCAAGAACGUCGGUGCCAUCGCAAACCAUGCCGACCGAUUCUAAACCGCAGUCAAACGACAAUACUGCACACACAGCAAUGAACGGGCACCAUCGACCUAUGACACCACGAAAUGACGCUGCUACCGAACCUGGCACCAGUGCUGCCCAGGGCUCAGUCUCUGCAUCCACGACAAGCAGGGCUACGCCGAAAAAGAAGAUGAAGGUUAGCAAGAGCGGCAGACUCGUGUCAAGUCCUCCAGAUGCAGAACCGGAAGUCACACCUCCCAGAAAGCGGCGAGGACGCAAGCCGAAGCUAAAACCUAUGCCAACUGUCACAAUCAUCAAGUACGGACAGAACGAUGUGAGCAGGCGUGCUAUUGGCGAGAGAAUUGAGGCCAUUCUCAGGGGCGACAAACCUGUGCCUCGUCCGGCGACUCCGAAGAAAGUACCUCUAAAGCCUUCCGGUCCACCUAAACCCACCCAUCCCUUCUUCCUUGGAAAAGCCGCGCCCAAGGACGAUGAAGUAAUCGGUAGUAAAGGUGCUACUGAUAACCAGCUUUUACCAUCUCCAAGAGCUCAGAAGAAGAGUGCUGUGACUCCCGGAAAGUUGAAGCUUGAAAGCCAGGGCUUCCGCUGUGCCGUCGAUCCGCCGGCCUUCGGGGAAAGAGGCAACCGCCCUCCGAAACAAGGAGGUUUGAUUGAAGCUCCAUGGCCUGCAAAGGACAUGGUACACGUUCGCCAACUGGACAUCAACAUGCCGUUAGAGCCUACACCACUGUUAGAAAAGCCUUCGCUUAGAGCUCGCAAAUGGAAAAGUAGAGUCCUCGCAGUGUCAUCAGAUGAAGAUCUCAUAGCGAGGUUUGCCACACAGCUUCGACCGUCGAUUCACAAAAAAAACAAUGUCACCCACUCCGACUUUGCACCACUCGAGGAUGUGCGCCUGCCUACCCGCUUGCUGACUACAGGAACUGACAUACAAGAAAGACUACGCGCUAAAGUCGCAUCGUUGUCGAGUUCUUAUGGCAAAACGACUGGUGUACACCCGGCGAUUGCAGCACUUUUUGCCGGUAUUCAAGAAGAUCUUACAGCUUUUGACCUAGGCAAAUGCGAAUCUCUAUCCUGGGUUCAAAAAUAUGCCCCGAAGUACGCCUCGCACGUUCUACAACCAGGGAAAGAGCCUGCAGCCCUGAAGGAUUGGCUGCAAAACCUUACAGUCCUCGCUGUAAGUGGGAAGCAUUCCGGCGAGAAGGCUGUUGGAAAGCCUCCCAAGAAAAAGAGGAAGACUAUUCAAGAUGACUUUAUUGUUGAUAGUGACGAGGAGGAAGAAGAAGAGAUGAUUGAGCUACCUCCACUGGAUUCUGACAUGCACGAUUCAGUCUUCUCGCCGACCUCUCUACGACGAGCUCGUUGGACCAGAAAUAAGAACGUAGUGCUGAUCAGUGGGCCGCACGGCUGUGGAAAGAGUGCCAUGGUCCACGCAGUAGCAAAAGAUCUAGGCUUCGAGAUAUUCGAGAUCAACUCAGGCAGCCGGCGGUCGGGCAAAGAUAUUCAAGACAAGGUCGGUGAUAUGACCGCAAACCAUCUCGUCAGCCACAAGCGGAACGAGAAAUCGAUCCAAUUAGAAGCGGUACUAGCAGACGACACUGAUACUGAACGCCACAGCGAUGCUCUGCGGAAAGACCUCGAUAGCGGGCGACAAGGCACCAUGAUGUCGUUCUUCAAAUCAAAAGUAUCGGCCGUGGAGAAGUCGGAGCCAAAGCCCAAGACAACAGAACCCAACCGGAAUGUGGCCUCGUCCGGACAGGCUACUCUACCAAUUGCACAACCGCAACGCAAAUCACAAAAGCAGUCAUUGAUCUUGUUUGAGGAAGCUGACGUUCUGUACGAUGAAGACCAAGGGUUUUGGGCGCAAGUUACCAGGCUUGCCUCUCAAUCAAAACGGCCAAUCAUCAUCACAUGCACGAAUGAAGCUCUCAUCCCAAUGCAUGAACUGCCGCUGGCCGCAAUUUUGCGAGUCUCGUCGCCCCCUGUAUCCCUAGCGACCGACUAUUUGGUUAUACUGGCAGGCCACGAAGGCCACGUCUUGGAACGGGACGCUGUCUCAACUCUCUAUCGAUCGAAGAACUGUGACCUCCGAGCCAGCAUCACUGAGCUUAAUCUUUGGUGUCAAAUGUCUGUCGGCGACAGGAAAGGUGGACUAGAAUGGAUCUACCAACGAUGGCCACCCGGCAAAGAUGUAGAUCAGGACGGUCGACCGCUUCGCGUAGCUAGCGAAGGAACAUACGUGGCGGGCAUGGGGUGCCUUUCUCACAACGUGUUCAAGUCUCAAGAUCACAUAGGCUUCGAUCGCACAGAAGAACUGCUGAAAGAAACAUGGGACGAAUGGAAAAUCAAUCCCAACGAAUGGAGCGGGCACUACGAUAUUGGAUACGUAUCCGAGGGGCAGAGCAGUGGCAAGCUCGAUGAGCUCAAGCGCCUUGAGACCAUCAUAGAGUCAACUAGCGCUGCUGACGUAUUCUGCCGCAUGGACUUGCCGUCUUACCAGCAGUACUUCGAACAACCUACAGAUCCGUCUUUGCCACGUCUAUCCGAAAAAGCUCGGCUCAGCUACACACUCGCCGCUCCGGUCCUGCAGGUCGAUCAUACCACCGACUUCAGCCACUUUGACAGCAAUAUGCUCACCCAGGCUCAUCUCCAAAUCCAACGUGCGUACGGUGGACGACCAGAAUCUGCUACCGAGCAAGCUAUGUCCAUACCAACAACUGAGCAUGGCUUCACGUCCGCCAUACUCGAACAUAAAGUUCGCCAGGCCCGCGAGAUCCAGCUCUCACGGCAGGAUUUCUCCCACGCGUUGGAUGUCCUAGCAUACCUGCCUGACAAUCUCCCCGCCCUGAACACAUCCUAUAACCUCACAGCAUCCUCCUUCGAUCGAACUUUCCAGAUCGUUGUCGAGGACUUGGCUCCCUAUGUACGGAGUAUUGUCGCCAGCGAGCUGGUGCUCGAGAAUCAACGCAUUCGCUUGGGCAACCUGCUCUCCGAAGGAGGGAGCCGAAGCAACAAGCGGCAGCGAACCACAAGGGCGGCGCGCACGGCGCUAGAGGGUGGGUCGAGAGAUACGAAGAGGAGGGAGAGGUGGUUCGGUGAGGACUUGAACCGCACCCUUGUGAUGGAUACGGCGGGAAAGAGUUGGACUGGCAUGGGAUUCGGGUGUGAAGAGGCGGAGACGGCAUCCAGGACCGAGAGCGCACCGGGUACUCAGGAAGAAUAA